UCAGACAGACGGCACGCUCUCAUUUCACUCCGGUGGUGUUUUCUUAUGGGCUGCAGUCAUGAGGCUGAAGAUCUGCUUGGUUUUCCUCCUCUUAGCGGUGCUCCUCGUACCGGCUGAACUGAAAUCUAGAAAGCACAAGAAGCAUCGCCACGGUCAUCGGCAUCAUGAUCACGAGCACCACGGUCCCGGGCAUCACGACAAGAAGAAGAAAGGCCGCUUCGAAGACAUCAUUCAAGACGUCUGUGCGAUCUCUGACAGAGCUGGCCAGGAUGAAGAGGAGGAGGAUGAUGAUAAAAAUGAAUGGCUGUAUGAUAUCCAGGAGCCUACAGGCGUGUGUAACCCAAACCCCUGCCACAAUAACGGGGUAUGUGAGCCGAAAGUCGGAGGAAAGAGGAAAUUCAAAUGUGACUGCCCAAAACCGUUCAAGGGGAAGAAAUGCAAGAAAGGUCCGAAGAUUUGUAGGAGGGGGAAAUGUGGGUGUGGAGAGUGCGUGCUGACCUCGACCCCCCCGUACUAUGAGUGCAAAUGCAGAGCGCCUUUCCAGCCGCCAGACUGCAGAACAUAUUCAGUGUGUGAGCCGAACCCGUGUCAGAACGGAGGAACGUGCACCAGGGAUGGGAACAACUUUGACUGCCAGUGUCCUCCAGGGUACAGAGGACAAUUCUGCCAAGUUGGCCCUGAUGACUGCUUCGUGGACGAUGGCGAGUCUUAUCGAGGGAACGUGAGUGAGACCGACGACGGAGAUGAAUGUCUCCACUGGAAUUCUCACUUCAUCCUGGACAGCGGCGUCAAUCCCUUCAACUCCUUCGAGGACAAAGAUGGACUCGGCCCUCAUAACUUCUGCAGGAACCCGGACGGAGAGAACAUGCCGUGGUGUUUCUUCAGGAGAGGACGCCGCCUACUGUGGGACUAUUGCGACGUCACCGAGUGCAGCGAUACAACAGAGGCAUCAUCAACAGAUGACCAAGAUCCCCCCUGCCCCACAGCUCCACCGCCCCAACCCACCCGUCCUCAACCAACAGAUGCCAAACCCCCGACCACCGAAAGACCCAGCCAGGAGGCGCCCACUUCUGCUGCACCCACUGUUCCUGUGACCGACCCAAUUACUCCGCAGUUUGCCACGUGUGGAAAACCGCAGCCGAAAAAGCCCAUCACCAGGAUCUUCGGGGGUCUGAAGGUCGCUCCGGGUGCGAUUCCUUGGCAGGUUUCUCUGCAGGUGAGACCGCAGGGCUCCAACCAGGACUUCCAACACAUCUGUGGAGGCGUCAUCAUCGAUAGCUGCUGGGUGCUGACGGCCGCACACUGCAUAUUACUGAAGAAGGAGAUGCGUGUGUUGAUGGGGUCGCUGUCUCUAGAUACCACUCAACCUACGGAACAAAUCGUUAACGUCCAGGAGGUCAUUGUCCAUGAGAACUACACAGAGACGCCUACAGCUGUCUACAACGACAUUGCUCUGCUGAAGCUGAGGGGUUCCAAUGGCGUUUGUGCGAAGGAGACUCAGUUCGUGAAGGCAGCAUGUUUGCCUAACGGCCCACUGCCUGAUGGGAUGGAGUGUACCAUUUCUGGAUGGGGAGACACUGAGAACUCUACUUUUGGAACCAACCACCUCCUAGAAGCCAACGUGCUGUUGAUAAAUCAGGAGAAAUGCUCUGAACCAGUCAUUUACGGCAGAGUUCUGGAUAAUUCUAUGAUCUGUGCCGGUCACCUGCAGGGAGGAGUGGAUUCCUGCCAGGGCGACUCUGGAGGACCUCUGUCCUGUAAUGACAACAACUCUCACGUUAUCUACGGUCUGGUGAGUUGGGGCGAUGAGUGCGGACGGAAGAACAAACCCGGGGUGUACACCAGAGUCACCCACUUCAUGGACUGGAUCAGGUCAAAAAUUCAAGCAGCACAAGCGUAAAACAACCUUUAUUCUCUAAACAUGGCUGCAGGAGCCUAAAUCUGGUUUAUGGAGCAGGAGUUGGAUUUUUAAAGACUUUUUGAUUCUAAUUCUGCCGUUACAUCCCUCAGACAUUUGUGUUACUGAGGAUGGAAUGUGUAAUCUCAUCUCAGAUUUGAUCUGCUAGAAUGACAAAACAUGUUUUUACAUGUAUUCAGGACCAAAGCUUUAAUUAAAGAUACACGACAGUCCAUAAAGA